GUCAAUGGGACAGGACGGGGCGGGCCGAGCAGGCUGCUGCCUGUCUCCGCGCGCAAGGGCUCCUGAGCGCUUGUCCUCCGGGCUACGAUGUAGCCUCUGUGCGGGAGGUGCGUACCCGCUGAUGGGGCAGGGCUCCGCGGUGCGUCGGUCCGUGGCCGGGGGAGCGAGUGACCUGGCUUGAUGAUCGGUGCUUUCGCUGCAUAGGCUUACAGUGCAGUCCACCGGCCUGGGCAAGCGACGACAGAGGCCUCGACAGCUCAGUGUAAAGAAGGGAACUGGAUAGAACACAAAUUAUGAAGGUGUUAGUCAUUGGACUUGGAGGUGUGACAAAUGGGGGGAAAACAACACUGGCAAAACGACUUAGGAAACAGCUUCCAAACUGCAGUAUACUCUCUCAAGAUGACUUCUUUAAGCCAGAAUGUGAAGUAGAGAUAGAUGAACAUGGAUUUAAGCAAUAUGAUGUACUUGAUGCCCUUUAUAUGGAGGAAAUGGUGACAAGCAUACACUUAUGGAUGAAAAACCCAACAGGCUCUUCUGUCUCAACAGCAGAAUCAAAGAGUACACCUGUCAAUCUGAAAAGUACAGAAGAAGUUCAUAUUUUAAUAGCUGAAGGUUUUCUUCUGUAUAACUAUGAGCCUCUUAAUGAAGUAUGGGAUAGAAGAUAUUUUCUGACCAUUCCAUAUGAAGAAUGCAAGAGGAGACGGAGUACCAGAGUUUAUCAACCGGCAGAUCCACCAGGAUACUUCGAUGGACACGUAUGGCCUAUGUAUCUGAAACAUAAAAGGGAAAUGGAAGAAAAUAAAAAUAAUAUCGGGAGACUGACAUCCCCACUCUGUAGUUAGGAGAUGCUGGACUAUUUCCAGAAAUCUGGAUCUUUUAUGGCAAACAGAAGAGGAGAAUGAAUGUAAGAUUCCAGAAAAUGGAAGAAUUUAUUAAAUAACCACUUGCAACAUGUGUUCUUACUCAGCAAUCUGAGAAAAUGAGGUUCAACUGUUUGAAAUUAAGUUAGUGGUGCCCAAAGCCCUGAUAAUUUAGGAACCCUGUGUGUACGAUAUUGUCCGCAGCAAUCCCAGCCUUUCGUUGUUGAUCCUCUUGCCCUCUUAACGCUAUGCUGAGGAAUUGCCUAGUAUUGUACUGGGAGUGUUUCUUGUUCCUCAGAGGGUUCUCAUCCAUAUACUGUCCAGAACAAACCCUGCUUAGCGUGAAAUUUGACAUGUUCAGAUAACAGAGGGCUGCAGAAGGAUGCUGAGAGACUCAAAUCAGCAUUCUCAAAAUCUCUCAAAUACUCUGUCUGGUGAGGAUUUUAUUAUUAUUAUUUUUUUAAUGACAGAAUAAAUGUCAGUCCUGCAAAAAGGAACAAUGAAGGAGCCAUAUCCAACUUUUCCUCAAGUCAGAUCUACAUUAGAAUUUUUUUUGCUGGGAUAGCAAUGUCAGUUGGGGGUGUGACUUGAUUUUUCUUUUUGCAGUGUUUCUAUACACUGGGGCUUUUGCAGGUAGACCAUUAUAUUGACAUAAGUGUUUUUGCUGGGAUAAGCACUUUUUUGCCAGUUUAAUAGGGUGCAUCCACACUAGGAGGAUCUGCCAAUAUAUCUAUACUUUUCUAAUAUAGACCUAGACUUCAUCAACCAAUCCAUAUUUAUAGUUGGGUAGGGAAAAUAGUUUUGUCGUGUUUGUCAUUAUUUCCUGUAGGGAUGGGGAAAGUAAUAAAAGAGCAUGCAUAGCACAAAGAAUCUGUCUUUGCCCCGCUCAAAUAAAUAAAUAAAGUAAAUAUAUAAUAUAUAUUUUUAACCUAAACAACCAGGAGUAUUAGAGAUUACAGCACGUUCAUCAUCGUAUCCUCUUCCCAUUAGGAGAGUUAUUACAACCUAGCUGGAGGUCCUAAAGAUUACAUACAUAGUGGGCCACAGAAGAAUAUUAAUUUGCAUUAACUCUCCACUUUCUGGUUGGCUGUACAAGUUCUGGCAGUAAUGGCUUCCAACCUCCUUCACCGAGGGGCUUUCCCUUACAGGGGAAAAUUCAUCCAGGUUAUCAUAGAACUAGGAUUUCUGUCCUUUUGGGACAUCUAUGGACUAUGUAUUUUUUAAAAAGAAUCUGGUAUUUUUGGGUGGAUCGAUCCCCUAUUUAUGGACUUCUAUUUAAGCGAUAUUGGGAGAGGAAAGGAAGUAUUCUUGAUUUCUAUUGUGGUAGCACCUACAGACGCCAUUUGGGAUUUUGCUGGGUCCUAUACAAAUUUAUAGGAAGUUAUAGUUUAAUUUAAUUAGAAAUAUUGUGACCACUUUUCUCUCCCCUUCU